AUGGCUACUCCAUCAUUAUACAAGCCACAGGUGGGGUUCCAGAUCCAUCCUAAGAUUCAGCUUAAUGAGAAUGAGUUGAAAAUCAAGAACUUGCUUGAAGAUUUCUGUCAAUAUUACAAUGAUUUGCAUCCUCCGGUAGAUGGAGAGUUGAACAAUUCUCAUGAGCCUCUUAUGUUAAGAAUCACUGGUGGGUGGGUUCGUGAUAAGUUGUUAGGAAAAGAAAGUCAUGAUGUCGAUAUUGCCAUCAACAAACUUUCUGGAGAAUCAUUUGCCACUCAAUUGCAACAUUUCAUGUCAGAAAACCCCCAAUAUUCGGCGAUGGUAGAUGAUCCCGGUAAUGGCAGUAGUAAGAUCCACAAAAUCGACAAGAACCCUGAAAAAUCUAAGCAUUUGGAAACGGUGACUACCAAACUUUUCGAUCAAAGCAUUGAUUUUGUAAACUUGCGAGACGAAGAGUACGCAGAUAGUAAUAGUCGUGUGCCUACCACCGUACAAUUUGGUACUGCGAAACAAGAUGCGUUAAGAAGAGAUGCCACAUUAAAUGCCCUUUUCUAUAACUUGACCACCGAACAAAUCGAAGAUUAUACUGGCCAAGGGGAAAAGGAUUUAGAACUUGGGGUGUUGCGGACCCCAUUGGAACCAUUGCAGACAUUUCUCGAUGAUCCGUUGAGAAUUCUCCGUUUGGUGAGAUUUGCUGGUCAAUUUGGAUUCAAAAUCGACGAUAAUGCCAUGGAUGUGUUAAUUCAUGACGAACAAAACAUUAAGAUCAACUUGCUUCGCAAGGUUUCUAAAGAAAGAAUCGGUAUUGAAUUUGGGAAACUAUUGAGUGCGAAAUACCCUGUGGUCGGGUUGAAAUUAUUGAACAAGGCCGAUUUAUACAGUAUCAUCUUGAACAUUGAUCCGGACUUCACCGAUCCACAUUUGGAUAAAUUCUAUUACGAAAACUUCCCUACCGUAUUCAACAACGAUAUUGAAUUGUUGAAUGGAAUCUACAACGACUUGAAAGCAUCUUCCGAAUUGUCGCCAUUGGAACAAGAAUUGUUGGCCAUCCUUGACCCAGAACAACACGAUGCUAAAUCAGAUGAGGAGAAAAAUUUCCAACGUAAUUUCUACAUGAUUUUUAUAUUCAAGAACUUAGUUACCAAAUCGAUUUUCCCAACCCCAACCUAUGAGAUCAAAAUGGUGCCACCAGGUAACGCCAAGGCCGGAAAGAAGCCAAAGGGGUUCCAUCCAAUAGAGUACAUGAUCAAAGAAUGUUUCCAUUUCCACAAGCAUGAUGCCGAGUUAGUGGAUAAAGUCAUUGUUACUAACCAGGAAAAUCUCAAAUUAUAUUUUGAUGAAUCAGUAUUUGUCAAAAAAUCUCUAUUGGGGUUCAACUUGAUUAGAACAAUGAGAACCGAUGAUUAUUGGAAACUUUCAUUAAUUAUGAACUAUCUUGAAACUUACGGUGAUCAUGCCAAACGUGAGCAUUUCUGCAAAAUCUUUAGUUACAUUAGUGCUUCUGGAUUAGGAAAAGUAUACGAGGACAAGGCAGUGAUUGACGGUAAACAAUUGGGGCAAAUCUUGAAUAAAAAACCAGGCAAGUGGUUAAGAGAAGUCAAUGAUUUGAUUUUUCAAUGGCAAUUGGACCAUCAUGGAAUGAACCCUGAAGAAUUAAAGGAAGGUUGUAUUAAGUAUAUUAAAGAGGAUGAGAAGAUUCAAAACUUGAUCAAUUGA